ACAGCGACCAGUAAGAGCACCUCAACUUUACUCUCCCUUGUGACUUUGUCACUGCUGUUUAUUUCACCAAACACAUCACCAACUACAAACGAGUCGUUCUUUAUAUCCUUUUAAAGCUAUAACAAGAUAAAUACCUAGCUUUCACAAUGUCUGGUUCCGGUUACGACGCCGUCGUCGACGUUGACGAUGAGGGCGACCUCGGACAUACCGAUCUCCAAGAAGACCUCGAGUUCCAUACGUCCAACUUCAACGAUACAAACCCCAACACCCGCAAGCCUCCCUCCGGCGGCAGCGGUCUUCCUCCACCAGCCACGGCCUCGAGCGGCUCUGGCUCAUCCAAGCGCUUCCUCUGGAGCAUGAACUUUUAUGCGCAAUUCUUCGAUGUCGACACUUCAGCCGUUCUGUCACGUUGCUGGGCUGCUCUGUUUCCCAGGGCCAACUUCCUUGAUGUUCUAGAGGGCAACCCUGAUCUUUACGGACCGUUCUGGAUCGCCACGACGGUUAUUUUGAUCCUCUUCCUGGGUGGCACUAUCAGCCAGUAUAUGUCAGAUACGGGCAAGGGACCAUUCCUCUAUGAUUUCAAGUUGCUAAGCGGCGCUGCUGGCCUUAUCUAUGGCUAUACUCUGUUCAUUCCCAUGGCUCUCUUCCUCGCCCUCCGUUACUUCGGCAGCGAAUCCGCCAACCUUCUCGAGUGCUGGGCUCUGUACGGCUACUCCAACCUGAUCUGGGUCCCCGUUGCCCUCAUCAGCUCGUCGCCUAUCUCCAUCCUCAACUGGGUCUUUGUCGGUGUUGGUUUCGGAAUUUCGGUUGCAUUCUUGUUGCGAAACCUUUACCCUGUACUUAGCGCCACAGAUCGCCAGGUCAGCAAGGUCCUACUGGUCGUUGUGGUGCUGCUGCACGCUGGUCUGGCGCUUGCGAUCAAAAUCCUCUUCUUUGCUCACGGUAGCCCCGUGGCGAGCAAACCGGAUGAGGGUAAGGGUAGUCGUAUGUUUUAAGAGGUGGUAACAACAAAUCGAUUUGAACCAUGAGAUGGGAUAUAAGGAAUUGAACGACACGUGUAAGAGAAUGUGUAUUCCUAGGCCUCAAUUGCAGUUAGGUAUAGUCAAAAGGAGUCUCUGGGUAAACAGAUCUUUGGGAAUUGUUUGUACAAUAAGCUAGAAGGCGCUUUUAUUUAACCAA